AUGUAUAGUAUCGAUGGAAUACCUCUUGCUCAAUUACGACCAGAAAAAAUCGAUGAUGCGACUAUUCAAAAGCAGAUAUUACUAAUUCGAGAAAUUUGUGGAGAUAUUAAUCUUGAUAUAAUAGCUAUUGUUUUUCAUGAAUGUGAUUAUAAUAUACAAAAUACAAUUGCACGAAUAAAAGCAGGCGAUUUUGAGGAUGGUGGUUGGCAAACAGCUAAAUCAAAUAAUAAAAAGAAAAAUAAUAAUAAUAAUAAUAAUCCAGUUGAUCAAACAUUAAAUGGUGGUAUGCAAAGUGAUAGUGAACAUUCUCCGUCUCAAUAUACAUCCCCUACACCAUCAUUACGUGGAAGUGGUAGACAACGACAUCGACAAGAUCAGUAUCAUUAUCCAUCAUCAGCACGUACAAAUCAUGGACGACGUAGAAAUGAACCCGGUCGAAAUCAAUUUAUUCAAUCAAAUUUACAUUAUUCAUCUCGUAAUUAUUCAAAUAAUAAUAAAUUAUUAUCAAAUCAACAAAAUUCAAUUGAAAUAAAUCAAUUGUCAAAAACAAAAGAAAAUAUAACACCACAACCAUCACCAUCAAUUGACGAUGAUGUUUUUAUUCUUGGUACAACACAAACAUUAACAUUGAAUAAUAAUAGUAUGAUAAAAUCAUCAUCUACAAAACGUCCAACACCAUCGUCUAUUCCUCAGGAACCUGUAUUAAUGCAUCCAAUAAUUCAAUGUUCAACAAAACCAAUCGAUAUUCAAUUUGGUGAUGUUCAAUGGAAUGAUUCUGUACCAAUCGCAGUUUCUCCGUCCAAUAGUUCUUUGAUGGCUGAAUCAUUUGAUGAUCAAAAAUCAUCAUCUAUAACUAACAUAAAUGAUGAUGAACAACAAACAAAUGUUGAAAAUAAUAUAUCAUCGAUUUAUAUCAAUUAUCAAACAACUAAUGAAAGUGAUACAGAUUUACUUGAAACUACUAAUCGACUUUCAUCAUCUUCAAUAUCAUCAUUACAAAUAACGGAUAAUACCAUAGCAAAUAAUUCAAAUGUUGAAACUUCUCAUCUUUCUGAUCAUUUAACUGAUUCAUUACAACAACAAGCACCUUUACAAACGACUACAUCUUCGUCAUCUCUUAAUGAUACAACAGAUUUACCAUUAACAGCAACAUCAAAUACUUUAGAAUAUAUUUCAUCGACAUCGCAUGAUAAUAAUAAUAAUAAUUCAUUUAUACCAAAUACAUUUCAACAACCUUUAUCUAAUAUAAGUAAUAGUUCCGGUGGUAGUUCAUCUGCUUUUACACCAUAUAAUACACCUGGCACAUAUUCAUCAAUACCAAGAGAGUAUACUCAAGCACCAUCAACAUGGAAUCAACAAUCACCAAAUUAUAAACAUACUUCGAAAGGAACAAUACUUCAACCGGGAAAUUAUACUCAACAUUCAUCAUAUCAAGUACAACCUCAACAACAAUACUUUGUUGGAACUUAUCCUUAUCCUUCAUCUACAAUUUAUCCAUUAAUAACACAAGUUGAUUCUUGGUCAACGGCUGGCUUUGAACCUUAUUCAACAUAUCCAACAAGUAAUUAUAUACCAACAUAUACUACUCAACAACCAUAUCAUUCUGCUACUGUUCAAUCUAAUAAAUAUGAUCGAUCUUCAUAUGAUAAAGAUUUUUUUGCUCAUUAUGGACAAAGUCGUUUAUCAAAUAGUGAAUUAUUAAAUGCAUCUCAAACAACAAAAGAUACUCCAACAACAAGUAAAUUAUCAGCGAAUGCAGCUUCAUUCUCUCAGGGAGCUUCAUUAACAGUACCUAAUCCAGCACCAGCAUACUAUUUCAAUCCGGUUUUAUAUACAGUACCAACUUAUUAUACUUCCCAUCAUGAUCGAACUAUGGGUUAUCCUUCAGUUGAUAAUCGUGAUAUUCGAAAUGGUGCUUCAUAUGCUGGUAAUAAUAAUAAUAAUCGAAAUCAUUAUCAUCAUCAUCAUCAACAACAACAACAACGUACACAUAAUAAUUCGACUUGGCAUUCACAACAGUAA